AUGUCUCUCGCCCAGCACGUGUCUGCAACUGAAGGAAUCGACCGCCAGGAUUUCGAUCAGCUGACCGCCGUCGAACCGAGCCAACGCCAUGUGGUGCGGAAAGUGCUGAGCUUCGAUGCAUUUCCGCCCUCAACCAUCCCCGACCCAGCUCAGCAGCACACUGCCGCUUACAAAGUUUCCACGGCCACGAGAGCCUUUCAAGUGCUCAUAACUGUACUUGUCUGUUGGCUGGCGUCGGGGGUUGUGUUUGGCUUCGCGGCUCUGAAGCCGGUUCUGGUAGCCGAAGGCGUUUACCACGAGCUAUGCACUCAGGAAGAGCUGGAAGAUGGGGUCGAAGUGUGUGUAGAUCAGGAUAUCAGGCUCAAUUUCUUCUUCACCCUGGCAUCGAUAGCGAGCAAUGUCUCGGCCCUGCCAGUCGGAGCAAUCCUCGAUAGGUAUGGGCCUCGAGUCUGCGGGAUCCUCGCCAGUAUCUUCAUGGCGACAGGUACGGUCCUGAUGUCCUACGCCUUUGCCAUACCGGGAUUCGACGGCUACCUGAUUGGGAACUUCUUUCUGGCCCUCGGCGGCACAUUUGUUUUCGUCCCGUCGUUUCAGAUAGCCAACGCUUUCCCCAAGUACUCAGGAACCAUCGUAGCUUUGGUCACGGGGAGUUUUGACGCCUCAGCGGCUGUGUUUCUAUUCUACCGGAUGGUCUAUGAGCAUACCGGGCGCAGGUUCACUCCGGACCGGUUCUUCCUCUACUACACCAUCGUCCCGGUCUUUAUAUUAUUCUCCCAGAUUCUGAUCCUGCCGGGUCGAGUUUACGACACAGUGCCGGUACUUGAGAAGAAGAUGCAACGAGCCAAGGACUACAGCAGAGACAUUCACUCCUCCGACGACGAGAUCUCAAGCGAGAAUGAAAUUGACCGGAUCCGCAGCGAACGUUCUGGGCGCCGUAAAACCAAGAUCCGCAAGCUCAACAAGCUUUUCGGCGAUCAAUCGGAACGGGAUGAGCGGGCAGAACGAGAGCAGGAGCGACUGAAACGAAGUGCUGUCUGGGGCGCGCUCCAUGGUUUACCGGCACAUCGGCAGAUGCUUACCCCGUGGUUUGUUCUGAUCACGCUGCUCACUGUCCUGCAAAUGCUACGGAUGAAUUAUUUCAUCGCCACAAUCCGAUCGCAGUAUCAGUAUAUGCUUGAUUCCGAAGCCCUGGGGGCCCGGAUUAACCAUCUAUUCGACAUCGCCCUUCCUUUGGGCGGCGUAAUCUGCACGCCCCUGAUCGGUCUUUUCCUGGAUAACCUCAGCGUCCCCACUGCUCUCUCGAUCAUAGUACUGCUGAGCACCGUUAUCGGCGCCGCCAAUUCCCUCCCCUAUCUCUGGGCGGCCUAUGUCACGGUCCUGCUCUUUGUGGUUCUGCGGCCACUUUACUACUCUGCAAUGUCUGACUAUGCAACGAAGGUCUUUGGUUUCGGCACGUUCGGACAGGUCUAUGGUAUGAUAAUUUGCCUAUCCGGCCUCGUAAACCUCUCCCAAGUCGGCAUCGACACUCUGACGCUAGAACGCUUCCACGGCGACCCGACACCCGUUAACAUCGUGCUUGCCGUUUUGGGGCUGCUUGUUGGCUCUAUCUUGGUAGGAUUUGUUCAGCGGAAUGGAAUAGUGGAUGAUGAUGGGUAUAAGGGCACGGAGCGGGAACCACUGAUCCGGGAGGAAGAGGGAUACUAG